UUUGAUAACAUAGCCGUUAGAUUUUCAAAUCCCAUCAAACAUCAGAAAGCAGCGUUGCCUAUUCAUUGUUAAUGGUCAAUAAAGUGCUUGCUGGCAUGAUACCAGCAGUCUGGUGGGAGAAUCUUUCAGUAGCAACAGAGCUGAGAACUAGGGCGUCUUACUAGGGCGUCUUGCUAUUAUUUAAAGCCAUUAUUUUGAUUUUAUCCCGCGAGAAUGAGGUUCGGCCUAGUAAGUAAAGAGAUUUACGUUGCAAGAUUUCAGUGACAGCUGAUCGUGAAAAAUCGUUCAAUAUUGUUGAAUGCAUUGAGUAAACGGAUUGUGGCAGACAGCAAUUGAAAUAGCAAGGUGUAAACAAAGUGAAAUCGCUAUCAAAUGGGCGUUACCUGGUGUGUAACGAAUAUCAUCAUACAUUGAUACGAUGCAAAUACUUUAGGGUGAUACACUGACAAGAAAGAAAAUGUUGAUUUGAUAAUACGCAAAAGGCCUUUAGAAUACAUGCAAAAAGAGAGAUUUUCCGUUUGAUAAGAAAGCCUGUUUCUCUAGCAAGCAUACUACUGACCGUGGCAAAAUGUUGAACCUAACAACGGCUACAAUUACAACAAUUGAAGGAGGGACUAGUAUAAACAGAACAAGCAGUGAGCAACAUCAACACCAUGCAGCAUGGCUUCGGAUUCUCCGAAUCAUCAUCAUGUGUUUACUGAUGGUAUUGACAUUAUUUGGGAAUACAUUGAUACUGCUGGGCGUACGCAAAAUCGAGGAGCUCAAAUCAGUAACGGGUACAUUUCUUGCAAACCUUGCUCUUUCAGACCUAGGAGUGGGCCUAGUUUGUUUACCUUUAGCUAUCGCAGCUGCAAUUGACGAAACUCUACUUCGGAACGCAGCUGUUUGCAACAUUGACGGUUUUUCCUUAGUCCUAUUUUUCAUCAGCUCUAUUUUGACUAUGUGUGGAAUAAGCAUACAUAAGUACAUCGCAGUUGUGUAUGCUAUGCAGAGUAUUGUUACCAAAAAGCGUGCAAUGAUCAUGCUUUCAUUUGUUUGGUUGAUAUCUAUAGCACUUGCUGCUGGGCCUCUGUUUGGCUGGAGCAAAUAUGUAUACAAGUCUGGCAGGCAUCAGUGCUCAACACCAGCUCCAGAAAAUACAACAACAUUGUCGCACAUGAUAUUGCUGCUGAAUUUCGGGUACAUUAUCCCAUUGGUAACAAUGGUAUUUUGCUACUCAAGGCUCUAUUGCACGACAAGAAAGCAUCUGCGGAGGCUGAAAGCGAAUGCCAUCACAGACUGCGCAGGAACAACCUCAGAAAGUGAUUUGGUCAACACACUUGUCAUAAUACUAUUGACAUUUAUCAUUUGCUGGCUGCCUUUUGUCGUCUACAUAGCAUUUGGCAUUCUCAACCGGCCGAUUCCAUUCUACUUGCCAACAUCUUUCCUCUUUGGCUAUGGGAAUUCCGCAUUGAACCCAGUAAUCUAUGCCCUAAGACACAGGUCUUUUCGAACUGGAUUCUGGGAUAUCAUCUGCCUUCGUUGUAAACCCGACAGACGAAAAGGUAACACCACACUCAUUAGCACAGCUGACAGAUACAGCCCGAACAUCAGGUUGAAGAAUGCAACCGGACACAAGGGCACAAGCAUGAAGAAUUAUGUUCCAGCGACGCAAUCAAAUGGUGAAGUUAUUGAGCUCCAUUGCAACUUGUCAUCGGAACAAAGCAUUUCGUUUUUAAAGGAUGAACAUUAGAGAAGAUGACUUUUAACGUGAUGCGAAACCCCUGCUACCAAAGACAUUUUAUCUAAAAUCUAAGAUCUUGUAUCGUUUAUGAAACUAACUAUUCACAGCACAGAACACUUCUCCUUAAAAAGUAUGCCACACAAAUACUUUGAAAGUUAUUCAAUUGCUACGCACCCUUUAUUUGACCCAGCGAUAGCUUUUUAUCACAAGGAUCUACCAAGCCAUAGUCUUCUCUAUACAUUGAUAAUUUUAAAAGCAAUUCUUUGAAAGUCUCAUUUUAAUUUCUAGGACUGUCAAGAUGCGGACCUCGGCGCUCCGCUAGCCCGCGUGCAGGCUUUACAAACUGGAGACAUUUUCUCCUUUUUAAAAAGUUCGCACGCAGGCUACGCUCCGCGGGUAUGCUCAACAAGACAAUAUAAAGAAAAGGAAAAUAAAUAAGAAAGAGAAACAAAAUACAACUGAAGAACAAAAAAAUAACUCUCUUAUUUCUUGUAGAAAAUUAGAUAUCAAAGUAAACUGAA